AUGGUUGCGGAUAUUUUUAGAGAUAACUCUUGGGCAUGGCCGUCUAGUUGGAGGGAUUUGUUUCCGGCUAUUAAUCAGCUUGACCAUAUAAGGCCGGAUCAAAACAAACAAGAUCGCUUGUUAUGGAAGGAUGGAGACAAAUUGAUAGAUUAUUCGUCGGCUACGGUUUGGGACACUAUUCGGGUUAGGGAGCAGGAAAUUAAUUGGGUUUCUAUUGUUUGGUUUCCGCAAUGCAUCCCUAGGCAUGCUUUCUUGGUGUGGCUUAUAAUGCGUCGGAAACUUUUGACUCGAGAUAAAAUUCUAAAGUGGGAUUUUUCUAGGAGGAAGAACAUGAAUAUGAUGUGCUGUCUUUUAUGCUAUGCUGAUGUCGAUUCUCAUGACCAUCUUUUCUUUGAAUGUAAGUUCUCAGAGCAAGUGUGGAAGUCGGUUCGUGACAAGACAGAUAUGGUUGAUGUGGACCCUAAAUGGGUUUCGAUUAUCGGCUGGUUGAUGACGAGAAUCCGCUCGAAGAAGGCUUCUUUUUAUGUGGCUCGGCUGCUUGUUGGUGCAACUGCCUACACUAUUUGGCAAGAACGUAACGCUAGGCUUUUUAAAAAUCAAACUCGCCCACCGGAAGCAAUCUGUGAAGUAAUCUUAAAGACUGUUCGAUAUAAGCUGAUGGGCGUGAAGUUCAAACCGUGUGCAAAUGUUAAGUCUUUGCUUGGGAAAUGGGGGAUUGAUGAUGCUGCUAUGAUCGAUGAUGGAGGCUGA